CAAUAAUGCAUGCAGCAUAGAUCAUAGCAAUCAACGGAGUCGUCAUCAGUGCAGUGUGGAGUUGGAACUUUCCAUAACAUUUUGUAAAAACACACCUUUUUAUGCCAACGUGCAGUAACAAAAACCUUCAAAAUGCACGGUGAACAUGCAACAAGUUCUAGUGUGAAAAUAUUCGCUAAUAUUUUUAUAUCUUUUGUGGGAGCCGGAGUGCUUGGAUUACCCUAUGCAUUCAAAGAGGCUGGCAUCUGGGAGGGAAUAAUUAUCAUGCUAUUUGUAGCAAUUGUCAGCAUGAAAGCCAUGUUAUUAUUGAUCGACUGCAAAUACAAGCUGGAGGAGAGGAAAGAAGUUCGGAAACUCUUCAAGGUGUCCCCUAUUCCAAGACCUGAUGCGGAGAAAGGAGACGAAGGAGGAGACAAGGAGGAGAUGGAGACCCUGAUGAACGGAACCUCGGAAGAAGGGGUGGUAAAAAGCGGAGAGUCUAACGGAGAGGUUCAUGUCCUCUCAGGAACCAAGACAUCAAAGAUAGAGGUAAAAAAGUCUCGCCGUUUUCACUGCUCGGCGGUCAAGAAAUAUCAUGUGGAAAAUGAACAUUUGAAAGAGUUAAAUUAUGGAGAUCUUGCUUAUUAUGCUCUAGGCACCAAAGGGAGGUUGAUUGUAGAGAUGUCCAUCGUCAUAUCUCAGACAGGCUUCUGUUGCAGUUAUUUGAUAUUCAUCUCUUCCAAUCUUGCGGCCCUCUUCCAACAUCUCACUAUGUACCAUUACAUUGUCUUCAUGCUGCCUGGGUGCUGUGCAUUAUCACUUCUAAGACAUCUCAAUAAAUUAGCUUUAUUCAGCUUGAUGGCUGAUUUUGCAAACAUCUUUGCAUACACUGUGGUUUUUUGGUUUGACUUUGAGCACAUACACAAUGUACCAAUUCAUCCAAAGACAAUGUCAUUAGAGGGAUUCCCCUUCUUUCUAGUAAUAGCCUUCUACUGUUAUGAGGGUGCUGGAAUGAUACUUGACCUGGAGAGUUCUGUAGCAAUGGAUAAAAGAGAUAAAUUUAGAUCAAUAUUCAAAAUGGCAAUUAUUUCCAUGACGGGCUUAUUUAUCGGGUUUGGAGCAUGUGGAUAUUUGUCCUUCGGUCCUGAAACAAUGAACAUCAUCACCCUCAAUCUACCCGACGGUGUGCUACCCCACGCCGUCCAGGCUCUGCUCUCCUUCUCUCUCUACUUCACCUAUCCAGUCAUGAUGUUCCCUGUCAUCAGAAUCCUGGAGAAGAGGUUGCUUACAGAUCCUAAUAAUGAGGUUAUUAAAGCGAAUCUACUUCGAUUAGGCAUGGUUCUUUUGACGGCCGUGGUGGUAGUGCUAAUACCAAACUUUACCACCCUCAUGGCAUUAGUAGGGGCGACAUGCUGCACCCUUUUAGCUUUCAUCCUUCCAGGCCUUAUCCACUGGAGAAUAUUCCAAGAAUCCCGUUCAUGUUUAGCCAAGGUUUUAGACGUUCUCCUCAUAUUCAUGGGUUGUAUAGCGACAGUACUAGGGACCAUAGAUGCUCUCAAGAGACUGUUUCCCAGCCUAGAUCCCAACCACACUGUGGUAGAUACCGGCAUAUGAAGACCCCUGGAGACAAACAUCCUAUCCAUUCAGCUAAGACCAAACGUAGUUAAGCUCUACAGUGGCCAAUAAUCGUGUGCUAAGACAGCGCUUUUUAACCUUCUGAAACUCAAGGUCAACUUUGGCCGAUAGAAACUUUUUGACUGUCUUACAAAACAUGAGAAAAAUAACAAUAAAACAUGACAGAAGAAAAUGUAGGGGUUGUUGCACCCCUUCCUCCAGCCCCAAACUUAUCUACUUAACUGUACAAGCGAGUGAGCAGGUGAACGAGUGGCAGAUUUUGUUCUUUGUGAACAGUGAUCAUGGGAUGUUAUAUCUCAGGGGCUUGUUCGAAGUUGUCAUAUCGGCUUUUGGGAGCCAGAAGGGCAAUAACUAUGCUGAAGUAUAUGAAGUAAUGCCCUUUUGCUCUCAAUACUAGGUGACAUUAUGCCUUUAUGGUCAUUUCAAGAAGAGAAGCACUAGUGCACACUGCUAAAGUCACCAAUAGUGAUAAAAAGUGAUUCUCAUCGGUUCAUGUUACCAUUAGUGUCAUGAAUGGAUUAGAUUUCAGAAUACAAUUAAAGUGAUGAAUCCAAUUUGAGGGAAACAAGUGAUUUCAAGAUUCCAUGUGCAGAGGGCCACAAGGGCAUUCACUCAGUGUAAAAUGAUUUGAGUGAAUGCCCUUCUGGCUCUCAGCAGAUAUGAUAAAUUAUACACAGGGUAAACGUCCUUCAGGAGAAAUUUGAAGACCAAAAUACCGUCCGUUCAGAGCCAGAAGGGCAUUAACUCGUAUAAUAGAACAUUCAUGUAGAGUCAGUACCCUUCUGGUUUUCAAUAGACAAUAUAAUUACAAUGUGUGUGCCAGUAACAAUGCAUCCUGUUUGUCUGUGCUAUUAAUUUAUAAAUGAUAUUUAUGAAGUUUGAAUUAAGUUUAAGAGACCAAAGGUGGAAGAAAUGUCCUUUGGCAAGGUAUUUAUUUACAUUUGCCACUCCAUACCCUAGAGAGAAAUGGGGACCUGGUAUGAUGACGAAAGUCUUUGUGUAAGUACUUGCCAUAUGCCCUCAUGGUGACCAUACAGUAGGAAUACUCCCCAGGGAGUGGAAAUGAUGCACAUUGUGCAUGAACUAAUCUGAUGACCGGGGUGAUAAUAUCUGUAAAGCGCUUAGAAGUAAUUUGGUAAGAUUCAGAAUAUUUUUAAGAAUCAAACAGCUUGCACAACCAUUACUUCCCUAUGAUAGUGAAUGAGGCAAUCCAGAAGUCUUCCAAUGUUAAUACUUUUUAUGUCAGUUAUUGAGAUGUAUGAAGUGUUUUCUUUUUUCUUCAAUCCUCAUUACAGCUCAAGUGGUUCACUAUUUACAAUGUUAUGUAUCAAAGAAAUGUAAAUAUUGCAUACAUAAUAUAUUUUUAAAGGCUGCAUCGUACAUUAUCGUCAAAGAGAACCGUGUAUUUGUUAUUUGAAGUCAUAAUGUAUAGUAGCAUAAAUGAUUGAGAAUCACCGAACAUUGGCGUUAUUGCUGCUUGUAUGAUCUCGGUGACUGUUCAUACCAUAGGUUCAAACGACAAGCUUAUCUCGUAGUCAAGGACCUUGUGGAUGCACCUGUGGUUUCAGGAACUAACAGCUUACUAGAAGUUUUAGAAGCACAAGCGAUCUUAUAUUAGCUGGUCUUCACCAUUAACUACAAACUUUUGUCAGCUAGUAGAAAUGACUGCUUGCUUGGUUCGUAGUUUAAAACCUUGAGAAGUCUUCUUUCUUUGUUUUGUAAUGCUUUUAUGUUUUAAUGAGAUGCUUUAAAAACUAUUAUUUGAUCUUUCUGUGCAGUAAAAUGUAGUCUGGUAGAUUAAUUAUUUUAAAAAUUCUGAUCAUAAGGAUUUUUAACAAAGCAUACCAUCCCAAACUUUCUUUGAGCCCGAAAUCUCACCUUUUAGAAAAGUCCUCUGUGUUAUGAAAACAUCUUCCAGAUUGUCAGUUGGCAAAUGCAAUGUGAGACCUGUUGUGGAAAUGCAUGUAACAGCAAUAGGCCAUUUUUGUAAUGGAAUAAAAUUUAAUGCCAAAUCUUUGUUUCAGUGACUCGUUGCAAAUUAUGUAAUUCACCUGUUACAAUUAUUAUGAUUAUUAUUUCAGUAGUCAUAAUGUGAAUUGCAUACAUUCCAUGUUGCUAGGUAGGAUAAGAUAAGACAUAAUGUAAUCAUUUGUAUUAAACAUGGCAUUAACAAAGAUUUAUGCAUUGAAUUUCAUUACAUUACAAAAAUGUUCUAUUCUUAUAAAUGUAUCUCUGCAUAAAUUUAAAGAUAAAGAUACAAGCGUUUUAUUUGGGAUUAAGAGCGACGGCGAUUAACGAUUUGUGCGAAUAAUGAAGGCUGCAGUACUCGAAAGUCAAUAGAUGGGAAGAUACAUGUUCAGUAAUGAAUGUGUUUGUGAGAUCCAUAAAUUUUGUUUAUUAGAAGCAAUACAAUGUUGAGAUUUAGUUACAAAUGGCUGAAAAUUAUGUAUGUGUCCUGCAUUGAAUCCAGUAAAGAAGUUACUACCGGUACAUAUAUUUAACUUAGAUAUUUCGUUGAGGAAUAUGCUUGUUCUACAAAUAUUUAUGCAUAACUAGAGAAUGAAUGAUGUAAUUAUUAGCCCUUACUGCGUCGUACAGAGUUGUCAAUAGUUUAUUUAUCAUGUAUAAACUGUACGUUGUAUAUCUGUGGAAUUACAUGUACAAAUGUAAAAUUUAUAUUCUCUUUUGAAUUGUGUGAUUUGUUUUCGGUUAGGCCGAUUGGACUUAUUUCUGUGAAUUGUUUAAAAAUGUUAUAUUUUUAUUUUAACAGUACACUUUAAUUUAUUACCUUUUUAUUUGUACAUACAUGUAGUUCAUACUAACAUACAAGGUUAGAUUAUACUUGAAUAUAGCUAUGACAUGGAAUGAAACCGUAUAAAUUGCAUGCCAAAUGCAUUGGAAGAAAGAAGGUGAUUUGAUGUGCUCUUGUCAGAGUGGAUGUAAAUUAGAGAUCCAUCACCAAAUAUAAUAACCACUGCCGUAAUGAUAACAGAAUGAUUGACUGAGUGAAAGAAAAUAUUACUAGUCUGUGCAUUAAAUUGUGAUUAAAAUUUAGCAAAAUUAUGUAGAAACUUCAUAGUAACAUUCAAUCAGGUCUUUUGAAUGAACAUAUUAAAAAAAAUAUAUUAUUUAACGCUUUCAGGAUAGGAUUUAUUUUUAGGGCUAAAUAUAAUCACAUUGUUCUUCAAAUUUGGCAAAAAUACAAUUUUUCUUUUGUUUGUACAUUGUUAUAAUAAAAUGUGAUGUCUCUGAAAACGAUAUACA